AGGGCCCCUGGCCGCCCCGGAGCGCGCCGCGGAGCCAUGCCCGACGCCGCCGCGCUGCCGACGCUGCCCCUGCGGGCGGACGUGCUGCUCAGCAACUCGAUCUUCGAGGAGCUGUCCGAGGGCGGCAUAUCCGAGGAGUUCCUGCGGCACCACUGCGGCGCGGAGGACCUCGCGGACGUGGAGUGCCUGGAGCUGCAGGUGGACGCCACCGGCGGCGCCCAGCAGGUGGAGAGGCUGGGCGCCCUGGUGCCCAGCCUGCAGGAGCUGCGGCUGAACCAGUCGAGCGUCCCGUCCUUGCGCGACCUCGGCACCGGCCUGUCCAGGCUGCGCGUCCUCUGGCUGUGCAGGAGCGCGGUGCAGGACUUGGGCGGGAUCUCGGCGUUGCCUUCAUUGGAGGAGCUCUAUUUGUCGUUCAAUGACAUCAAAGAGCUCUACCCCUUGGUGACGCAUGAAUCGUUGCAGGUGCUCGAUUUGGAGGGCAACCUCGUGGAGGACUUCUCCGAGGUGCAGAGCCUCGAGGCCGUCACAAGCCUCCGGGAGCUCAACCUCAGCCUCAACCCGCUCUGGAAGGGCGCCGGGGUCUCGAGGGACCGCGUGCUGCAGGCCCUGCCGCGGCUCGAGGUGCUGGAUGACAUACCGCGUGACCGAGUGGCUGACGAGCAGCUCCUGGAGAGCACAUCCAACUGCCUCGGGAGCUUGCGCAUCGACGAACAGGCGCGCUCGGACGAAGGCGCCGCGGCGGAGCCCAACGAGCAGGACCUCGUCGUCGAGAGCCUCAAGCGGGCACCGAGACCCACGCCGAGCGCGCUGACGUUCCGCCACGCGGCCACGGCGCGCGGCGCGGACGAGGGAAGGCAGCCCGGGGGGCCGCACCUCGGCCGCCGCGAGCUGCGAACCGCCUGGGGGUCGAGCAGCGGGUCCUCGUCCACCUCGUACCGGCCCGCCACAGCGUCUUCUUCCAGCGCCACGAGCUCUCUAGCGUCCAGCAGGGGCGGCGGCGGGGAGGAGCCGGGCGCGGGCAGCGACCUGACGCUCGGGGACGACGGCGCGCCGCUCGUGGGGAACCCGCUGGCCGCGGCGCGGAGGCGCCGACAGAAUGCCGCCGUGGGCAAGGAGCACCCGAGCGCAAGCGACCUCGACAUCCGUGCCUCCACCCCCCGCUCCGCGGUGGCCGCGCGAAUAAAGGCAGACAGAAGAAGUGGGUGUGCUUUGCAGCAUGCCUCGGGCAUCCAGCUGCCUGCGGCAAGCCCCGCCACCGUGCCAUCGCAUCAGCGCAGCAGGAGGGGGUGUGGUAUCCAGGCCCGUUCCCCAGCUCGGCGCCAUGCCUGAACUUGUGCUGGCCUUUGAACGCCCCCUCGUUGUCCACAAGCCGGGUUCUCCUCUUCUCUCGCCCUCCUCGCUCCUCCCCGCUCUUUGAGGGCAUGCUCAUGGCUUCGCUGGUUCUCUGGGGGGACGAAGAGCCCGUCAGGGUCUCGGUGCCGCCUCGGGCUGGACAGUGCCACCAGCCGCUCCCGAAGAGAUUCAGUUGAAUCAUCCGAAGGAUGAGGAGGG